AUGAAUACGGAGGAUUACAAGAAAGAGAUUCUGAGGCAACUUAGUGAUGGUAAAUAUUAUGAAAAACUUAAACAAGAUCCUAAAGAUAAUGUUUUUAAGAAUACAUCUACUUGUAUUGAAAGUAUAGAAGAGACAAACAGUAAUGUAACUAAGGAAUUUGACAUGUUUCCAGAGUCUGUUAAAACUCCGGCAUUUUACGUGCUGCCGAAAAUACAUAAGACUCCCGGCAGCAAUCUAGCGCUAAAUUAUCCCGGGCGACCUAUUGUGUCGGCAGACAGGUCGCCCACGGAGAACAUUUCAAAAUAUCUUGAUUAUAUACUAGUACUCAAACCGCAAAUGAUAAACUUACCGUCUUAUAUUAAAGACACAACUGACUUUAAUGAAAAGAUUAAAAGAUCCAAAUUCAAGAGUAAGGCUACUUAUUUAGUGACACUAGAUGUUUCUUCUCUAAACACUUACAUACCGCACAGCGAAGGAAUCGACGCAUGUAAAUAUUUUUUGGACGAGCGUUGCCAUGGAAGAUUGAAAAGUGACGAUGUCGCAAAACUCAAACUUGUUCUGCAAAAUAAUUAUUUCAAAUUUGAUGAAGAUUUUUAUCUCCAAAAAAUGGGAACUGCGAUGGGCAGCUCAAUGGCACCAUCAUACGCAUCGUUAUUUAUGGGGAAAUUUGAACAAGACUUCCUUAGAAAUCGAGAUCUACAACCGACACUUUGGCUCCGUUUCCUGGAUGAUAUUUUUAUGGCGUGGGAUCAUUCCUUGGAAGAACUACAACUUUUCAUCAGAGAGUUAAACAGUUUUCAUCCUGACAUAAAGUUUACGCAUACUAUUUCACAAGAGUCGCUCUCGUUUCUAGAUGUAAAUAUACCCAAGGGAGAUAAUUUAUGUGUCGAAACUAACAUAUAUGUGAAAGAAACUAAUAACCACCAGUACUUGGACUAUACAUCAUGUCAUCCCAAACAAUGUAAGAACGAUAUUCCGUAUAGUCAAGCAAAACGCUAUAGACGUACAAUAUCAGAUGAUGACAAGUUCAAACAUUCAUUAUCACAGCUUCGUGAAUUCUUCGUUGACAGAGGUUACCCACAUGAUGUGUUAGACCGUGCCUUCCAAAAAGUAGUCAAUAUAUCUCAACAAGAAGCUUUACAGACUCAAGUUGUGGACAAAAAUAGUGUAAUUCCUUUAACUAUCGUGUAUGAUCCAGCGCUUCCGCGUAUUGACACAAUACAGAAUGCAAAACGAGGUCUUUUACAGUUCAAACAGUAUGAAAGAUGA